UUUGCUUCCUUAUCUCAAAAGCGGUGAUGUUUUAUUUCACUCGUUUCUCCAUCGAAUAACGUUGAUAGUUUUCUGAAGAACCAAAAGCAAAUUCAUCAUGACGACGGCGUCAAAACAAAUCAUAGAAAAGAAGAAACAGAAAGAGACUAUCCAAGACAGAAACACAAGUAGGGUUGUAAUAAUAACAGUGUACAAGGAAUCACUGAAACCUCGUUCAACAAGGAAACAAUCACAUGGUUUCAUCAAAACAAAGCCAAAUUCCACACACGGCUAUGAUCGUCGAGCUCAGCUUCUCGCUCACUCUCGACAGCUUCGGAAUCAUGCACUUGCACACUCCAAAAAGGUUCCAUCACCCAUCAUUCAGUUACAAACAAAAAACAAGAAGAAGAUGGGGUUUUGGUUAACCAGACCGGUUCGAAUCUGCUCGUGUUCGCCGUCGAGAUAUACGGCUCUAUACUCCGCCUCUGGUGGUGGUGGUGGUGGCUGGUGCAGAUAUGAACGAGUGACGUCAGAAGAGAACAAAGAAAGAAACCGUUCCAAGAACAGAAAGUUCGGUCAAGCGCGUCCUUCAUUUUUGAGUAGAGUGGCCAAAAUGUUGAAAGAGCUAUCAUGCAAAGAAAUCUAGUGGGAAACAGAA